UUCUUCUCCAAUCGUUGAAUGGAGUCUUCAGAUUUGAAUCUGGGCGAGUAUGCUGAAGUGGAUCGGAUUGCAGCCCCGACGACGCGCCGACCAGCACCACCGCCGCCUCCAACCCAACAGCAACAGCAACAGCAGACUGAGAAAACUGAGCAAACUGAGCGAACUGAGCUGAAUGGUGGCGCGGACGGACUUGUGAGCGAGUACAUUGAAGCAGACGUUGUUCUGCACCGAUCCCCCCAACAGCAGCCAGCAGCAGCCAAUGCUGAUAAUGCUGAUGCAGUCAUCUACGAGCAGCCACCUCACCAGCACGCAGCGGCAGCAGCAGCAGCAGCAGCAGCAGCAGCAUCAACUGCGGCACAGAUUGCAGGCGUCGCAGCGCAGAAGAAUCGCCGACGCCGUCCCAGCGAGUCCGCCUCGACUGCCUCGCUUCAAUCCAGUCACGCUGAUGGUCAUGAUGGUCACGAUAAUCACGAUGAUGAUAACGCCGUGUCGGGCGGCGGUCGUGAGCUGGCGCGACGAGCACUUCCGCCAAUCCCGGUCAUCGCCGCGCAGUCAAGUGAUCCUACUGAAGCAACAGCCGUCCACAGCGAUCGCCAUACUGAUGCUGAUCAUCGCUUCACCAACAAUGCAUCAAGUCAAGACCACAAUGAUGAUGUUGAUGAUAAUGUUGGUGAUGAUGAUACCUAUGCUCAGAUCCAGUCUCAGAAGCCAAGCAAAGCCAAACCGGCGCUUCCACCGCGUCGCAAGUCCAACCCACCAGCGCCUGCCAAUGCUGUGAAUAGCAGUGCCUCAAUCGAGGACGAUCAUCCGAGCCAUACUCAACCGUCUGGAAGUGCUGCCAACCAUGCUGCGAUGAGCGUCUCAGCGGAAGACACGAACGACCAAGACUUGUCACCAAACAGCAUAGACAGCCCGGGAGAUCGAUCCGACCUCGAAGAUCAGCUUGGUUCUGCGUAUUCGCCGCGUCGGUACUUGGAUGUGGAGGCCCCCAGCAGCCCGGCCGUGUCCUUGAUUUCAGAGCCAGUGGAUGCGAUUGUCGUCGAGCCAGUUCGUAGCACGCCAGGCCCCGUCCCGUUCAGCAAGCUGGCCGUCCUUCAAAGUCACCUGGCGGCGUCCAACUACUCCGUCCCUGUGGAUCAUGUAGCCGACGCAUCCGCAUCAACUGCACCACUCCGGGUGCAACCCGGCAGUGGCGGCCACGACGUUGAGGAAGAGGCGCUCUACGCGACAGUGCAAACGGUGCCGCGACCACUCCCCUCGUCCACCGCCGCUGAUGCUGCUCAGUAUGCGAAGCCGUCUGUGCCAGCACGCUGGGCAACGAGCAACACACCUGCCAGUGCUGAUGGAGCGAUUCGCACACCCGUCCCAGACGGCGUUUACGAUGCUCCAGUGCCGCUGGUGCCUUCGGCGCGUGGUUGGAUGCCGAACGAGGACCUCCUCGCGCUAUCGACGUGGUUUGCCUUCCAGACACGCUUUCCGACAACCACUGGUUCAACUCGACACGACGUGCUGGUGGAUCGAUUCCGACUUGUGGCAUUGGACUUGGCGUUUGGAGUGACGACUGGAGCCAAUUCAUCCUUUCGGCAUCUACAGCCGUUGCUUGCAGCGUUUGAGCAAAGUGACGAUCUUCGCGUCCGAAGUCAACCGCUCCAAGCUUUUCCUUCAACAGCGGACGACUUCCUGAAGGCUUGCAACGCCGCUCCUGUCGUGGUCGUGGCGGGUCGCGGUCGGCUGGACGAGCACGAGGACUCUGUCAACGCAAUCAUUCAGCAGGCACAUCAGGACCGAUACGAAUGCACUGCCCAAUGUCUGAUCUUUUUGUCGCCCAUCCCAUAUGGUCUUGCCAGCGCCUUCUGCCAUUGGGGUGCUCAGUGCGUGAUUGCAUUGAAUGCGUCGUCGUUCUGUAUCGACGCGAUGCACUGCGCCGUUGGCCAAGACGACGUUCUAAGCUUCACGACGACGCUCCUUCAGAAUCUGUUUCGUGCUCAAGAUUCUGACGCGUACAUUUCGUAUCCUGCAUUGUUUGCACAAGCUCUGGAAAGCGUCUCUGCGCGUGCUCGACCGUGGUUUCAACUGGCACACAAGCCACCGUUGCCAACACUUCACAAGGCUUGGUCGUCCACCGCUGCCAAACCUCGCCCAGUGUUUCGGCGCGCCACUAAUUUCAAGGUGUUGAAUUUCAUCUGCAACGCGACGCUCUUGAAGGCUGCUGCCGAGAAUACUCUUGCGAUGGAGUCGGAUGAAGACGAGGCUACGCGAAAGCUUCCCCACUGGACUGUGAUGGAGAUUCCCCACAGCUCGCCGGAAGCCAUUGCAGGAAUGAAUGUCAAUGUCGACCGCCUGGACCAAAUCCGCUACUCUCUUCUCUCCUUCCGACCACAGGUGGUUGCGUUUUCUGUUCCUGGCGCAGUCGUCCAGCCCGCCGACAUGGCUGCGCGCCUGACGCUGUACGAACACUUGGCCAGAGUUGUUCGCGACAACACGGACAAGGUGCAAUGCGUGGUGCUGCCAUCGUCCUACUCUGUUGAAGGUGCCUGGCGCCUCUUUGUCCAGACACAACCGGAGGAUGAUGAAACGGCUGGUGUCGACGCAGUGAUUGGCAUGCAAGGACAGUGCGACGGCAUCGCCUCCGACUAUUUCGUCAUGGAGUUUUGUUACCUGCUCGCUACCAGUACCGUUCAGAUCAACGAUGCGUUUGCUUCAGCCACUGAAGCCAUCUCAGGCACUCCUUGGUUGUCGUAUGCGUCGUUCGGCACCAUGCAGACUCUGCAAAGUGCGCAGGCUCACUAUGCCGCCCUGCCGCGGUUGUUCUCCCGCGUGACAAACAACCCGCUUGCGCGCGUGCAAAAGGUGCGCGCACAAGAGCUGCAGCAAUCGCGCGUGGCGCCGAAUCCCAUCGCGUUGCGGCUGGGCGAUCGCCCGGCGCAGGUCUCGCCCACAUUGGCUGUCGAGGUGGGUGCUGGUCAUUCGCCAAAAAGCACCUCGUCGUCGCCGGCAGUUGCUGUUGCCGUUUCCGCUGCGGUAGGUGAUGUGGAAACUCCCGCGCUGGACGCACUCCUGCAGCAGCUUGAAUCUGCAAACUCGCUGGCCAACGCGACUUCCGACCUCAUUGCUCUCGUUGUUGGCGGAGUGGCUGGGAGUGGCAAAACGACACUGCUUCGACAACUCGAGCUGGAACUCUGGGCCCAGUGGUCAGACGUCAAGAACAUUCCCGUCUACGUCUCCAUGUCGGAUGUUCUUGAAAGCCAAACGGAACUAGGUCCUCUCGAGCGAGCCAUCCAGCAACGCCUCUCCACACCUGGCACGCUCUUGGGGCCUGCUGAUGUCAGAGAACUCCAGCUCACGUGCGGCUUUACGUUCUUGAUUGACUGCGUUGCCAAUCUGCGCGGGUUGGAGUCUCUGAACUUGCAGCAGUGGCGUUGCAACACUGUGCUUGCCGCCCGCCCGAACGACUGCGCUCGCAUUGAGCAGCGUCGCUUGCAGCUGUUCAGUCCAUCCGCGAGCCUGACUGUCCGCCACAUCCAGCCGUUGACGGCAGAGAACAAGCUGGCCUUUGUUUCCAAGUGGCUUGCCGCUGACAAUUCCAACUACAAGAGCUGCUUGGGAGUCAUUCUCAACAAGACAUCCCAGCAGCGCACCUCGUCCAGCCAUGCGUCUGCUGCUGCGACGACUGCUGCGGCAGCUAUUGCGUCCGUGAGGAUCGGCACGUCAACACCGCUCGGGAUUGGCCGAUUUGGUUUCUGCCAGUCCGGGCUCUUCGCCCGUGGCUUCUCGCGCAGUUUCGCGACGCAAAUCGUCGAGCUCUGUCGUUUCGCGGCUGCAUGGUGACGCCUCGUCGUCCAAUCUGCUUCUGUCGCAUAGUCCUGUUGCUGCGGCUGCUGCCGCGGUUGUGGCGAUCAGCACCUCGCCCGGCACACCCGCUCCCCUCACACGAGCUGCAAGUCUGACAUCCGUAUCCAUUGAUGGAGCGCCCGUCCGCCGAGCAGCUGCUCUCACUCCUUCCCGCCCGUCCGUUGCGUCGCGCGCGGUGGAGGCGGCGCUCGCC